AUGACAGACCUCAGCGCACGACUGCCCAGGCUCGUCCCCCGCGCGCGCAACUCGACCGCGCGCGCGCCGCCGUCGGCCCCCCCGCCGACGCCUGCACUCGCGCCGCCAGACGUGUCCGCGCACUCGUACACGCACCCCUCGCGCCGCAUACUGAGCCCCGAGGACCACCAGCUGUUCCUCGGCAGCGCCACGUGCACGCUGGUGCAGGCGUUCAUCUUCGCCAUUGCCGACAGCGUGCAGGACCGGCCCGUGUCGAGCAUCAAGGACAGCGACAUCACCGACACGGUCGGCAAGAUCACGCGCAUCCUGCAGGCCGCCGAGACGCUCCAGGCAGAAUGCCCGCCCGAGGACACCGGCUCGCGCUUCGGCAACCCCGUCUUCCGCACGUUCCUCGACAAGAUCGAGGCCGCCCUGCCGUCGUGGCACGCGCAGCUCGGCCUCGACGACGCCGCGCAGGUCGACGAGAUCUCGACGUACCUGCUCCACGCGUUCGGCAACCGGCAGCGCAUCGACUACGGCUCGGGCCACGAGCUCAACUUCUUCCUGUGGCUGCUGUGCCUGAACCGCUGCGGCCUGCUGCGGCCUGCGACGUUCCCCGCGCUCGCGCUCGUCGUGCUGCCCGCGUACCUGCGGCUGAUGCGCCGCGUGCAGGGCGCGUACUACCUGGAGCCCGCGGGCUCGCACGGGGUGUGGGGGCUCGACGACUACCAGUUCCUGCCGUUCCUGUUCGGGGCGAGCCAGCUGCGGCACCACGCGUACAUUACGCCCAAGAGCAUCCACAACGCGCUCGUGCUCGAGGAGGAGCGCGCCGAGUACCUGUAUCUCGACCAGAUCAGCUUCGUCAACAGCGUCAAGAACGUCGACGGCCUGCGCUGGCACAGCCCCAUGCUGGACGACAUCAGCGCGAGCCGCGACUGGGGCAAGAUCGAGGCCGGCAUGCGCCGCAUGUUCGUCAAGGAGAUGCUCGGGAAGCUGCCCGUCAUGCAGCACUUUCUGUUCGGCAGCCUGAUCCCCGCGGUCGACGGGAUGGGUGUCGAGGACCAGGCGGGUGGCGCGGACGCGGAGGCGGACGCGGACGCGCUCGAGGGCGAGGUCAGCGUCUUCACCGACGAGGCGGGGACGCGCCAUGUGCACGCAGCGGUCGGGUGGGGAGACUGCUGCGGGAUCAGGGUGCCGGCGGCGAUCGGGGCCGAGGGCGAGGAGAGGAAGGGCGGCGCGAGGCGGCUGCGGCGGGUGCCGUUCGAUUAG